AUGGCAGAGCUGAGUUCAGAAUCAAAGAAGGAUGGACAGAUAUUGAGCAAGUGUGAAGUGAACCAAAAAUCAAGUAGGACGCGAUCUGGGUCAUUGCUGACUGUGUUGAAGCAGUCAGAUUGGAAGGAUGUGUUGCUGAUGGCACUUGGAUCAAUGGGGAGUGUAGCAGAUGGAUCGACCAUGGCAUUGAUCAUGAUAAUUCUGAGUGACCUCAUGAACAGUUACGGCAGUGGUUCUGUCAGCAUUGAAGAUGUAAACAAGUAUGCCUUGUCCUUAACCUAUGUUGCUGUUGGUGUUGCUUCAGGCUCAUUUCUAGUAGGAUUCUGUUGGGCGCGCAUGGCAGAAAGGAAAACUUUUCGACUUCGCAGACAAUAUCUAAAAGCUGUGUUGCGGCAAGAUGCUGGCUUCUUUGAUACAAACCAGGGCGAAUCUCGCACAUCUCAAAUAGUUUCCAAUAUUUCAAUUGACACAGUUACCAAACAAGGAGUUCUUACAGAGAAGACUGCCAAUUUCAUCUCAAACUUAACAACGUUCAUCACAGGCCAACUGGCUGCUUUAUACCUCAGCUGUAGACUAGCUACAGUCGCUAUCCCAGCGUUGUUAAUGUUAAUCAUUCCCGGAUUAGUAUAUGGGAAGCUCCUAGGUGAGGUUCGAAAGAUGAUGCAAGAAGCUUAUGAAGUUGCAGGAGGGAUAGUAGAGCAAGCAGUGUCAUCCCUUGGGAUCAAACAAGGACUGAUGAAAGGUAUGGCCAUUGGUACUAUCGGCAUUACAUAUGCAGUGUGCGCACUUCAAGGCUGUGCUCUGGGGGCUUCUCUAAUGAAUGUGAAGUACUUCAUAGAGGCAAACACUGCUGCUUAUCGGAUAUUUGACAUGAUUUAUCGAGUCCCAGAGAUCGACCCAUAA